AUGUCUUCACAUAUGAUUUAUAAUGCAUUUACGGGUGAUGGUUCAUCAUCGUCCUCGAGUCCACUUUCAUAUUAUAAUAUGGACACACCAUCUUCUACUCCUUAUACAGAUGCUAUAAAGUGUAGGAAAGUUGUUGACCAUGUCAAAAGGCCUUUAAAUCCAUUCAUGGUUUGGAGUCAAAUUGAACGAAGGAAGCUUGUUCAUUAUAAUCAGGACUUGCAUAAUGCCGAAAUCAGUAAAUUGCUGGGAAAACGCUGGAGGCAGUUAACUGCUGAAGAAAGAAGACCAUUUAUUGAUGAAGCCGAAAGGCUUCGCUUACUUCAUGUCCAAGAAUUUCCAGAGUAUAAAUAUAAGCCCAAGCCGAAAAAGAAUCCAAGAAAUCCGACUCCACUUAAGCCCAGACCAGCUAUUCUAUCCAAACCAAACUUGCAAAAAAAGAAGGCCCCCUGUCAAUCUUUCCCACCUGCUCCAGAAUUGCCAAUUUUUGCUUUGAGAGUACCUGAAACACCUUCUAGUAAGUAUAAGUUAGUUAAUACUUUGCACAGAAAGAUACUUCCUAAUCCACAGAAUUUCCUUCCUAAUCCUCAGAUACUUCCUAAUCCUCAGAAAAUUUAUCAGAAUUCCCUUCAUAAUCCUCAACUAAACACAAACCAAGAUUCUACAGAAGUGAAGAACAGAAAUUAUGAAUUAUCUUUUCAAAUUGACCAAACAUUUCAAGGAAAUGCUAGUACAUCAAAGGGAACAGUUGGGUUUAAUAAACGUAAAUCAUAUUUGCCGGCGACUUAUGCUGACUCCUCUCAAAUUUCUAAAAAUUCAAACGAACUCUCAUUCAGACUGCCUGCAGAUUGUGAUUUAACCUACACAGAAGACGCUCAAGUUUUGUGGUCAAAUGAAUACUCUUUAUGUGUACCUGAAGAAACAUCAUCCAGUCCAAUUUCUGCUGACGCUUGUUCAAGUGGAGAGAAUUGGUCAAAAUUAUUUGAUGAUGUUACUAAAAAUUGUAAAAAACAGUAUGCAAAUGCAAAAGAUGAAAUAGCGAAUAUUGCUAAGACUUAUUUUGCUCUGAAAAACAUGGAAAGUGAGCUUAUUGCUCAAUCCCCUGUUCCAAUUGAUCCAUGUCCAACGAUGACUGAGCUAGUAGGCGAGAAUUGGAGGCUGGAAGAUUUUGGCUGUGAUGUGUUGAUGUAG